CGUGCUUGCUGUGGUAUGAGGCAUGAGUCCAGAGUCUUUCUGCGUGCUUGCUGUGGUAUGAGGCAUGGGUCCAGGAGUCUUUCUGCGUGCUUUCCUUACCAGUUUCUCCAGUGCACGAUGAAGGCCAUGCAGAGCGUCAUCGUUGCCCUGGUGCUGGCCUCCCUGACCUCAGCCUUCAACCUCGAGCCGCGGGAGUCGAUCAUUCUCAGCGACACGGCGAGAGGUCAAGUUCCAGGCGGUCGAGAGUCUUACUUCGGGUUCUCAGUCGCUCUCCACUACCUCGCCAGGGAGAACGAGGCUUGGCUAGCGGUGGGAGCUCCAAGGGCGAAUUCCUCGUACUAUAACCCAGACCACAUCACAGAACCCGGAGCCAUCUACAAGUGCAACCUGAGGAGUCAAGAAUGCGAGGAGCUCUUCAUUGACGAUGAAGGAAACACCGGAGCGCGAGCACCGUCCAGCGAAUUUCGUUACAUGGACCUGAAGAACGGUGGGUGGCUCGGUGGGGCUUUGGACUCGCAGCCGACUUACCAAGCUGGUCGUCAAAGUCUUGGGGUGUGCGCGCCGAGGUGGAAGAACCAGCUGUACCAAGGAACUUACCUCAUGAAUGGGGCUUGUUAUUGGCUCAAUUCGUCCCUCCCGAACGAGCCUGCGCAUAAGAAGUUGCCGCUCAUUCAGUUCAGUAAGCAGACGUUCCCAAUCGGUGGGAGGAGGCUGUUUUUCUAUUCCCACGGAGGCGCUGGGCUCUCCGUUCACUUCAGCGAUAAUCCGACGGAGAUGAUAGUGGGUGCCCCCGGGGUCUUCAACUGGCAGGGAACCGUCAUCCGUUUCAAGGACGCGGGUCUUCCUCCCAUUGGCGAAAUCUCCCGCCGCCGUCGCCGCCGUCGUCAGACACUUGUUUCAGAGCACCAGAUGUUUUCGAGUCAGUUUGUGCCGAACCCAUACUACACGUCGUCCAUCAAGGACUUUGACCUCUUGGGCUACUCCGUGACGUCCGGGCACUUCUUGUCACCCGACGAGAUCCACUACGCAGCGGGGGCUACACGCGGAGGCAACUCCCUCGGGAAGGUGCUUCUGUUCUCCUUCCCUCCCGUGGAAGAGAUGCGUCUGUAUGUGAUCUACGAGUGGGUGGGGACGCAGAUCGGAGAGAACUUCGGGGCGUCCCUGGUGUCCGCCGAUGUCAAUGGGGAUGGCCUCAGUGACCUGGUGGUUGGCGCUCCCAUGUUCUUCACGGCCGACGCCUCUGACAUGGGGAAGGUCGUGGUGUAUGAAACUUCCGUACAACAAGGCGAAACCACAAUAGAAAAAUCUGAGAGACGUUACCACGGAAGUGCCAAAGCUGGAGCGAGAUUUGGCACUACACUGGCUGCUUGCGGUGACCUCAACCAAGAUGGGUUCCAAGACAUAGCGGUGGGCGCCCCAUGGGAAGACGGCCACGGAGCUGUCUAUAUCUACCUCGGUUCUCCACAGGGUCUGAGGUCGAGGUUCUCCCAACACCUCCUGCCGCAGGACUUCUCUGCGCCUUUCUCGGGCUUCGGCAUGUCCAUCUCCAGAGGCAUCGAUAUAGACCAAAACGGAUAUCCUGACCUGGCCAUCGGUAGCUUCCUCUCCGGACACGCUGUGGUGUUGAGAAGUCGUCCUGUGGUGGACGUGAGGGCGACUGUUUCCUCGAGACCUACAAGUGUUGCUCUCAAUGCCACCUCGCUCCAGCUGGUUGUCUGCUUCGACCACUCGGGAUACAAUGUGCCUUCGCAAAUUGCUCUCAAGGGCAACAUCACAUUGGGAGUCGUACAAGUUCCUCCGGACCGCGAGCAAUUCUUCGUGUUUGCGUUAUCGCACUGGCAUUUCGGACUCUCGUCGUACAUAUUUGAUUAUGUUUAUAUUUAUGCUAUUAUGAUUUUGAUGGCUGGUCAAGCUGAAGGUCGAUCUUUUGGAGGUGUCAGUAGAUUAGUAUGUGAUGCCGGACAAUCGGCUUAUCUUCGUGUGAUUGGAGCGUGGAGGUGGGGUAUUCUGGACAACAUGGCCAAGUCGAUGAGAUAUUUAAAGUUCACCAUAGACAUUAUUACCAGCUGGACGAACCGGGGAGCGGCUCAACAAGGGGCGUGCCAUCAGGGUAGAAGUGGCAGGCGAGGGCACAGAGGAAGCACGCGACAACGGCCGUCUCUUAUGCCUCUAGUAACAGUGGGCGCCAAGCAUCUGAAGGCUUCAUGGCACCUCUACUCAUUACAGUAUUCCAAAGAAGAACAGAUCUUGUACCAGCGUCUUGAGGAGAACAAAAUCAACACCACAAUAACGCCAAAGUUCCUGCAUUUCUUUUCGCUGGCGAAGAAUGGACCCACUCCUCUUGGCGAAGUGGAACUCGUUGUGGACAUUCCGGUGAACUUCACAACCCGCGGGAGGUCAGAGACAUUCCUCAACAUCUAUAAUCCUAAGACAAACUUCCAGCACCAGGGGUUCCAGUGCAGUAUAGUGGGGGCCUCAUACGUACCCGACGAAGAAGCCGAAGGGGAUACAGUAGACAUCCCGACGAUCUUGGCAAACAGCAGUACCCAGCCUCCAAUAUAUGAAAGCCUGAAAGCUUCUAGCAUGCAGAGCAAAGCAUCUUCUCUGGAGCCAGCCAUUCUGAACUGUUCGAAUCCUCUGGUGAGUUGUGCUCGACUCUCGUGCCUCAUCAAGUCAUGGCCGGCCUCGACUGGCUUCGCCCAUCUCACCAUCAACUUGUCCCUGAACCUCACCGUCUUAGCUGGCCACAUCUCGGCGAAGGGAGGAGCCAUUGUGAAGAGUCACGCAAGGGCAAGAAUUCUCUCACUAAAUCCUGAGCUGAGUUUUGUUGGAGAAAAAGAGACUGAGUUCGUGCUGAUGACACAAAUACAGCCAGACAGUCUCCCUGGCAGAGGCGUUCCUUGGUGGGUCAUCCUGUUGGCUGUACUGGGAGGCCUCCUGCUCCUCUGUCUCCUCGCCUACGGGCUCUAUAAGGCUGGAUUCUUCAAGAGAAAAGAACAGGAUGAAAUGAAAGCCCACCGUGCACAGGUGGCUUCCAGCAACUAUGGAACUGUUAACGAUGGUAUGGUUGGGGACUAAAUGACCAGCUGAACGCCAAUACUACUCCAUCAGAUUGCCAGACGUUGAGAUAGAGGACCUAACUAACGCAAAGACCAUUCCUUAAGAAGAUCCCCAAGAUCGAUCGAAUGUAUUUUUUUUUAUAUAGAUCUUGGAAUGACUAGGAAGCUUAUAAAUGAUUCUUCCCGGAUAGGUCUCCUUGAGAAAACUUUCAUUUCCUGAUUCUACGAGAGACGACUGAAAAUAAGGGAAGGUGUGAUUAUCUGUGGUUGAAGUUCAAGUCGAACACAGAUCGCCUGAAAGGGUACAACAAAACCAUUCAAAUUAGAAAAAUAUAUAAACACACACACACACACAUACAGAUACUCGCACACACACACACACACACACAUCAUGUUUGGGUUGCUCAAAGUAUCUGAAAAUAUCAACUUUUUUUUCGUCACGAGAAGAAAUUAUGUUUAACAUGAGAUUCUUGUAAGUGGUGUGACUGACAAUGAUAUUCUGUUCUUUUGUAUGUGAACUGUUGUAUAGAAAAAUCCUCGUAGACUUCCUUAAGUUAUUUUAGUUGAGUUUCUUUUUUUAUACAUAGAUCUGGAAUCUUUGAAAUAAACAUUUUAGAAAAUAUA